AUGGGAUUGGUUUGUUUUAAAGAGGGUCCACAAGCAGAAAUCAGUGUUGAUCCCACGGAGAAAAUCGAUUAAGUGGAGGAUAACGAGGAAGUGAUUUCACAACUUCCUUCAAAGAAUGAGGAAGGUGAAAAGAUUUCAUUAAGUCAUUUCAUAAUGCUCAGAGUAUUAACUAUUCUUAAUUUAAGAAUUUGGGAAAGGGUACUUAUGGAAAAGUGAAGUUAGUUUAACACACAGUCACAUAAAAAUUAUACGCGAUGAAAGUGUUAAUCAAGAAAUCAGUUAGAACAUUAAAACAGAAGAGACAUGUACAAACAGAGAGAAAUGUUUUAGAAAUGACAAAUCACAAUUUCAUUACUAAAUUACAUUAUGCUUUUUAGACUUAAACCAAAUUAUAUUUGAUCAUGGAUUUUGUUCCAGGAGGAGAGCUAUUUUACCACCUGAAAUUAUAAGGAAGAAUGAAUGAGAAAAAGACGAAGUUUUACGCCGCUGAAAUUUUGAUAGGAUUAGAUUACUUACAUAAACAAAAUAUCAUAUAUAGAGAUUUGAAACCAGAAAACAUUUUAUUAGAUUCAGAGGGACAUAUUAAAUUAUGUGAUUUUGGAUUAUCUAAAAUAUGUUCUGGGAGUGAUAUGUUUGCUAGAACUUGCUGUGGAACUAUUGAAUAUAUUGCACCAGAGAUCGUUAUUGGAUAAGUGUAUUCAAAAUCCUGUGAUUGGUGGACCUAUGGAGCCUUAUUGUAUGAUAUGUUGACAGGUAAGCCACCCUUUUAUAAAUUAACCAAAAAAUAGAUCUUUGAAUAUGCCACACAAAAGGAUAUUGAGAUUCCAGAGUAUUUAUCUGAAGAAGCUAAGGAUUUGCUAAAGAAAUUAUUAAAUAAAACUCCACAUGAACGAUUGGGAGGAUAGAGAGAUGCUCAGGAAAUCUAUGAGCAUCCUUUUUUCAAAGAUGUGGACUUCUAAAAAAUUGAAAGAAAAGAGAUUGCACCUCCUGUUGAAAUGCAAAACGAAAGGCCUUUCAAAUUUUUUGAUUAAAAUCUGAUAAGAAAAUGCAGUGUCAAUGAUACACCAGUUAAUGAUUUUGGUAAGUUCCAGGAUUACUCUAAUUUUACAUACAAUGGUGACAAAUUAUCUAGUGAGUAUGGUUAACUAUUAAUAAGUCAUUGA